AUGUCUUCACCUCAGCUCAUUUCCUUCAUUCUGGCUCUUGUUGACUUGGCUCUCGGUGGAUUCAUCUCCAAUGGCUUUAUACUUACAGUGAUUCUCAGGGUAUGGAACAAAAGCAGAAGUCUUGAUUCCAGUGAACAGCUUCUUCUGAGCCUGGUUCUGACCAAUUUGUGGGCAACUGUCUUAGUCAUUCUCACUUGCAUCAAUGACUACAUCAUCCCCAUGUUUCCCAAGAGUUUAAUGUACUCUUUAAAUGAUUUUAUUAUCAUCUGCAGACAUUGGUUCACUGCUUGCCUCUGUGUCUUCUAUUACAUCAAGAUUGUGAAUAGCACUCAUUCCCUCUUCCUUUGGUGCAAACUGAGGAUAUCCUGGCUAGUACCACGACUUAUUGCAGGAUCUCUGGUUGUUUCAUUGUUUCUUGUGUUAUUUAUGUCAUUUUUUACUCUUAUAAAUAUCCAGAGAAACACAACAUUAAUUGGGACCCAAAUGAAUGAAGAAAUCUCACAGCAUCAUAACACUGGUAUUCAUGAAAUCUUGUUUUUAAUUGUUGGCUCUGGUUCACCCCUUCUUGUGAUCUUAGUUUGCUGCAUUCUGGUUGUUGCCUCACUCUGUAAGCACGUCUACCGGAUGAAGAGUAAAGAACAUAAUUCUAGGAGUAUCCAAACUAAAGCUCAUAUCAAAGCAACUGGAGUGGUGCUCUGCAUCCUUCUCCUUUAUCUGUUGUUUUAUGUGGCGCAGACCUUUUCUCUGAUUGUAAUUAAGGGAAAAAUUGAAAUAAUCUUGGUCACAACAACAGUGUAUGUGUACUCUUGUGCUCAGGCCUAUGUUCUGCUGCUGGUUAACCCCAACUUAAACCAGGCAGCUAUUCAGGUACUUCCAAGAAGAGAAACCUAACUUGUAAGGACAACAUUAGAUCCUUCAAACACAUAUUUUACCUUGGUUUACUAUAAUGCUCACUUGAGGUGGGUGGGUGAGGCACAGUUAAAGAAAAGCUGUUAUAUAAUAGAAGGCUUUUGAAACCCAUUGUCACUAAUGUCUCCAAUCUCCAAAAGUCACUGAUAAUUUUGUUUGCCCUAAAACCAUUCUUUUUCCCACCCUGAACAUUCCACAGAUAUAUAAACCCCACUUGCCUAGUUUCCCACAGACCUCACAAUCUCUGAGGAUACCUACCAUAGAUGUGGGAAAAAUAUCAGGAGAGAAUGCUCCUGGAACAUGGCCAUAUAGCCUGGAAAACUCACAGAAACCCAGUGAUUCUGGCCAUGGAAGCCUUCGACAAAAUAUCCUAACUAUCAAUUUGAUCUACAUAUAUGAAUUUGACCAAUUUCUAUAGUGCACUGGAGAAUUGUAAUGAUUGGAGGGAGGGAUAUAGAGAAUGGGUUAAAACUAUGUAUUCAAAAUGUAGAGGUACUUUUCAAUAAAUGACAGUCUUUCAGGAAACAUAAGAAAUGGUUCCACUUAUCACCUUUGAUUUUCCUAUUGUGUAUAGAAUGAUUACAAUAACUUUGACAGAAAAUGAAGUAUUAAAAUGAUUUAGACAUAAAGUUCUAUUUUAGAUUCAUGCUUCAAUAUUUUUCCAGAAAUUUACAUCUAUUAACAAGGAGCAGUAUAAUCUAAUUAUGUGAAAAAGUAUUAUCAGAUGAUGUAAAAUACACUCUGGUCAAUCAUGAAACUGCCCUAGAUGAGAGGCACUAGUUCCAUAUGAUCUGGGGCUAUUUUCAGAAUAAUGAAAAAAAAAAAAAGAGCUAAAAAUAACAUUAAUGUACAAUUAAUUCUUUUUUAUGCCUAUUCCAGCCCCUCUUUCCCUUCUCCCUUUUUGUGUAGCUAGAAUUGUUUCUAGAUAUAUCAGCAUUUAAAUAUCCAGUUUUAUGAAUCAAGGAAUGGAAUUUGAUUAUGGUUUUGAACUCUGUUUUUAAACUCUGUUUUAAUAUUGUGUACUCUGUUAUCAUUGUCUUCAAGUGAUUUGUUUUAUUACUGGAUGUUCUGUUUUAUUAAUUUGGAAUUGUUUAGUCUAUUGUUGUAUUUAAUGGCAAUAAAUGUUUGCCUUUUAUGUUGUGAACCACCCUGAGUCUCCAUAGGGAGAUAGGGCAGGAGAAAAAUAAAGUUUUACUUGUUUUUGCAUUUCACUUUCUACAGACAUCAGUAAACAAAUCUAUGUACCCAUUCAAACACUAAAAAAUACCUUAGAAUUUGAGAGGCAAAUAUAUUUUGGGACACAGACUUAUGCCAUAUUCUCAACUCUCAAAUCUGAGUGUCUGAUUUGCAUACUAUGUAAAUUAUUAUGAAUAACAAAUGUGUUAAUUUGUAUUGUUCUGCCACUCUGUUUCAACUUUGAUACUAUUUAUAAAAAUAAUAAAUUUUAUGAGAUCACUAGAAUACAGUAAAACUGAAAGUUCUUAACUCAGAAGAGAGAGUUCAGAUUCCUACUUGAUCAUAAAACUGACUUUGUUACUUUGGGCCUUGGCCAUCUUUAUGGGAAAUAUAUCUUACAGAGUUAUUGUGGGGUUAAAAAUAGCAAGGCAGGAAUCAUGUAAAGCAGCCAUACCUAAUAUUUAUAUUGUUGUAGUAAUAACAGCAACAGCAACAGCACCACCAAUAUCAACAAUGAUUUGUCACAUAAAGGCAUUUCUAAAGCGAAUUAUUAUCAAAUUUCUAUAAUUUUUUAUUUGUACUGAUAUAAAAAGAUAUAGUUCUAUGAAAAUAUGAGAGAGAUUGCCACCUGUUUCUUUUUUUUAUUGAUUUUAUUUAGAAGAAAAGUGAAUAACAUACAAAAACAUUAUAAAAACAAGGAUUACCAGUGAGGAUAACAAUGAGGGAGGGGGAUAAAAGGGGC